CCCAGGCUGUGUGAUAACGACGGGAGAGGGAAAAAAGGGAAGGUAGGGAUGAGUGUGUGUAUGUGCUGAUCAGUGGUGGAGGUACAGCCAGAGCCGGAUACAGCGUUUACAGCCGCACCGGACAGCGGCAAGACCGCCUCGGAGCCUGCCUCCCUCCGCAUUUCUUCCAAGAAACCCUCCAUAAUGUCUGGCGGGGGAGAGGUACGCGUCCUUUGCCAAGAGUCCGGGCAAGAGAGCCCGAGGAUGCCGGCCUGGAAGCGAGAAAUCUUGGAGAGGAGGAAGGCGAAAGGCGGCGGUUCUGGAGGAACCGGUACUCCGGAGACCAGUCCCGGCGGUGCGUGCUCGCAACGGGUAAACGGCGAGCUAACGGGAAACGUGAACGGCAGUGGCGCUCUCAGAGAUAACGGAGCGACCGGUGGGUCCGGGCGGAAUUACACCAUCACCACAGCCAGUCAACACUUCGUGAACAACAAAGAGCCACAACCGAUGUCCACCGAGAGAACGACACAGAGGGAGGACGACCGACACGAGAGCUUGGUGCUGCAGGAAAGUCUGGGGCCGCUGGAGGAGAACCCGUUCAUCAAGCUGGAGAAGGAGCGGAGGAGGCGGCAGGACAGAGAAAACGCCGCGCGCCCGGUUCAGCACAUAUUGGAGCUGUAUGGCAGUGUCCCAGGUAUACGGACUAUCCGCGCGGAGAAUAUCAUCAUAAUCGAAUCGGAUCCGGAUUACUUUCCGGACGCCGGAGGAGUUAAAACCAGGGCCGGUUGGCAACAAAACGGUGUCGAUACCUAUAGCUCAUUGAACGACCUCCUUGACCGGAGAGGUAGUACUGUAACUGAGAUCAGAGCCAAGGAAGUGGUCAUUUAUGACACCACGUUAAGCAAGAGUGAAGAGAACUUGAGCACCUUGGGUCGCCCUGACCAUGAAGUCUCAUAUGAGUCAUGUGAGGGUCAAGGUAGGGUUAGUAGGAUCCUGCAGAAGUUUGACAGCAACUAUGGGAAGCUGCAGAAGAAAUCCCACAGCACAGAAAAUCUGCUGGAUCUGGAUAGUAGUGCCAGUAGCAGGCCAAGACUUUGGCCCAAGCCACAGCCAGAACUGGUGCCAAAACCCAAACCAGGCCUAUCGGUCAGCAGCCAGCCACCAUCACCAGUCUUCCAGGGUACUUGGUCUUCCAAACAAAAGCCACAGCCUGCUGCCUCUGAGCUGAGCAGCCUCCAGCAUCAUCCUGGUGCCCCACAGUCUGUGUCAUCUUUCCGUCUGCGGUUUGAGGAAAGCAGCGUCCAUGGAGUAGCUGCCAUCCCCAGAGAUGAGCCAGACAGAGGGCAAACCAAGCUCACCAGAGAGAGAGAGUGGGAGGUGGCGGAUGCACCCCCAAAACCUAAGGUGCCAUGCUCUCCUGAGACCCGUCGUGCCCGUGCAGAGUCUCCACUGAGUCCCGUUUCGUCCAAGGUGUUUCGCUCCUCGCCUGAAUUUGAGAUCCGUCCCUGCCCGAAGCCAGACCUCUCCCAGAUUCCUGAUGGGGACACUCAGGCUCGGGCCCUGGCGAACCUUCGCCUGCAGUCCCGAAACUCCUUCACAGUGAUCCCCAAGCGGCGUCUCCCUGCCUCAUCUGGAUCAAGCAGUCCAAUACCACCUGGUCCUGUUAAGUCUUCCCCCUCACACAGAGCUCCAGAGGUGUCCACAUCAGGAGUGCCAACCUCCCUCGCCCCAACGCUCACUCCAACGUCAACGAAGAGGGAAGAGGACAGUCUCCAGGAGGAGAAGGAGGUGGAAAGGGUGGCAAGACCAUCCAAGCCAGAAGCAUCUCCUACAGCUGCCACAAGUCCUGCUUCUCCUCCAACCCCUGAACCCUCAUCUCCAGCUCCAGCUCUCUCCUCACCCCCCUCUACUCCAUCUAUUCCAUCCACACCCCCCUUUUCUCCUGUCCCGUCACACUCUCCUUCCUCAUCCCCUUUCCCUUCUACCCCCUCCCCAGCUCCAGAGCAGCCCACUUCAGAUCAUCUGCCAGUAACAAACAUAGACGACAUUGAGGUGGAGCCCCCGAAGCGUGUCCCGUUUCCCAGCCCCAUGGUUCAGAGGAAAAAGGGGAACACCUUCACUGUGGUGCCCAAACGUAGGGUGGAGCCUGAUGCCCAGUCAAGCUCACCUGAGCCCCAGCAGGACACCUUGAGCGAGGCCCCGCCUGUCUCUACACCAACCCUGGCCCCAUAUUCUCAGCUAGGCACCCUGCUGAAGAAGCGCUACCCUGCUGUGGAGGAGAUCGAAGUCAUCGGAGGGUACCUGACCCUAGAAAAGUCCUGCCUCUCCAAGACUGGCUCCACAGGCAAAAAGAUCUCCUUCAACGAGUCGAGCCUGCACAGCACGUACGAGUACCCGUCGGAGAGCAGCGUGUGGGACAGCGGGGAGGAGGACGAGGACGAGGACGAGAAGCUGGCGGACGAACAGCCGAGCAUGGUGGGACGCAUCCACAUCCCCCGAGCCAGUUUUGCCGGCUCGCCCUCGCACACCAACAACGAUCUUUCCAGCUACAUCCCCAAGCACUCUGUAGACUUCAGCACUUGGCAGGAGCAGAAACAUGAGGACAGUGUUUACCAGGAAGAAGCCGCCUCCCAGCAGAUGACAGAGGACGUCAUGCUCACGCCGGCCGACAGCUCCUCCCUGUCCGACUACAGCAGCGAGCCCGCUCUCUACUUCUGACCGCUCCAGCCAAUCAGCUGGAACAUCAGCAUCAGCAUCACCACUGUGGGACCAGACGUCAAAACACCGGGACUCUCCACUGCUUCCACUAUAAAGCACAUCGCUCUAAAUACACAGGAGGACAGUGUUAUUUUUCUUGGUUUAUUUGGACUAAUUUCCUGCCACAGUACAACUCAUGCCACGUUAUCUCAUGCAUAUCGGAGCAGAUAAGCUUUUUUUCUCAAGAUGAAGCAACAGCAGCUGGGCUGUCUUUGUUUUUACCCCCCCUCUUUAUCCCGGGACAGUUGAUCUGUCAGCAUCACUCACUCCAAGUUUUAAAAUUCAACACCUGCUCUUUUGGACGAUGUUAAUGAGAGGAGCUAAAAGGAAGCGGAGGCGUCGCCACGGUGACAGAGUUCAGUGUUAGCAUGGCAACAUGUCAUUUGAACAUUCUCCAGAGGAAGCUGGAGGACAUUUCUGCUUGCAUACUGUAGAUCGAUGGCAGAUUUAACUCAGAAAAUGAAAGAGGAGAAAAGGUGAAAGGGUGCCACAAUUGUUUUGUUUUUGUAUCUGCAUGUUUUUGAUUUCAUCCAACAGCUCGGUUGGUUCUUUUACUGUAAAGCUUCUUUAUGCCUUUUUAGUUUUUAUAUGUUCUCUGGAGUAUCAUGCUGUAUUCGAGCCGCUGGAUGCGUCCGCGGAAAACAUAUGCACCCCGGGGGGAGAAGAUAUCCGUCGAUCAGUAGCAGCUCUCGUUUAUCAAACACUCGGACAAAAGUGACCUUCGCCAAUAAUGUCUGUACAUCCAUACUUUUGGUCAUCGCUGUGGAAUGUGUCUGGAUUUUUUCCUCUUUUUUGAAGUUAUCCAUCACGUUAACCAAACACGGUCUAACUCGCUGACUUUUCUGGCUCCUUGAAUAUUUAUUCCAGCAUAAAGUUGAAGUUUGCAUGUCUGGAAAAAUGGAUGACGAGAUGUCUCUGCAAGUCGGACCUCAUCAUACUUCGACAUUCCCCAGAGAGCAGCAGGUCCGUUUAAGGCAUCGAAUUACCAUUGUUUAUUAAAAUGACAUGUUUGUGCAUACAAAUGCAAGAUUGUGUUUGAAAGAUGUGGUAAUUCUCUUUUUUUAAUUCAGAUUUUUUUAUAUAUAUAUGCAAGAAUGUUUCCAAGAUGAUUUUUAUUCUUUUUAUUUUUUACUCAUAAUGCCAACUGAUUAAAAGUGUUGCUGUGAUGGCCUCACAUUCAUUCUUCACACACUCAGGCCAGUAUUGCUGUACAGUUUCCAUCAUGUGCUGAUAAAUACAGAGAUCUAUUACUUCCAUUUUAUUUUCUUUAUUUCUCCAAUCAGAUAAAAUUAGUUCAGUCCUCAAAGCUGGAUUUAGCUGUUGUCAGACCUGAAUUUAGGAAUUCUUUGUGGAGUCUUGGAUGUUAGAUGUCUUUGCACUGUCAUGCUUUUAGCUGCGUUUUGCACCUCAUGAGAGACGGCGACAGAGGAAACGUGCACUUAAAAGAACAAGAAGCCUAGUUGAAGAGUUUUGUUUCAGGAGCUGCAGCCUCUUCUUACACCUGUUGUAAAAACCACUAACUUUAUUUUACUUUUUGGACUUGAGGCAUUGUUCCCCCUUUUUUAAAUGAACGUGAAAUACAACUCUCCAGUUGUACCUGAUGAAUGCACUGCCGAUAAUUGCAAUGUGUUGGUUUUUUCUUAUUUUAUUUCCUACUUUUGCCACAGCGUUGCAUCUUAAAGUUUCAUGACUGUUGGCCUUGUCACUGUGACCACAAACUGCAGCCCACAGGACACUGGUCCAGGUCUGGAAAAACCCUUUAUCAUCCCAUUGUCCUGUAUUUUAAAGGACCAGUGAUAGAUUUACUGCAAAUUAUCACAAUCUUGUAGUUUCAUUGUACUUUUAUCUACUUAUAUAUAGUAAGAAGCUAUAGCAAGACUCAUUUACAUAUAGAGUCUUGUAUGAAGUUUAACAGGUAGAUUAGAUUAGAUUGGACUUUUUUAAUCUCACAGUGGAGAAAUUCACUCGUUACAGCAGCUCUUAUUGCAGAAUAAAGUGCAGAAAGCAGACAGAAUAAGGUGAACAUGCGUCACAACAAGAAGGUGCAAUAUAAAUUAUUUACAACAGUGAUUAUUGUUGGAUUACGAGCCAAACGGAUGCUUCAUCUGAAAAAAAAAACAAGCUAGAUUUCUAGUCUAAAUCUGGAAAAACUGCCAUUUAAUUGAAAUAAAUGUAUCAAUGGGGUAUUUAGAUGAUUAAAAACAUUUAGGCCAAAUAAAUAUCCUAAAACCUAAAACAGCUGAGACUGACAAAAUAUUCAAAGUUCAGCACUGCGACAAUUUAAAGUUUAGUAAUAUUUCCUACAGUAGAACCUUCCCAUGUUAAAUUCAGCCUUUUUUUUUUUUAAACAUCUAAGCAUUUCCUGCUAUAACAUCAACAUUUCAUGAGCCAAUGAAUGAAAAGGCCUGAAUCUGAAAUAAUGCUGUAAUAAUUUAAGUCUGUAGUGAUUUGUAGGGUUAGAUUUAAACCUGGGCUCGUAGUCAUGUGACACGUGGAUUUAUCUGUGGCGGCUGCUGUUUUUGUUUACCAAAAUCCCAAAGAGGUUGUCGGUGUUUUCUGUGACCAGAGGGACCAAACAGGCAGAUCUGGGUUGUAGAGAAAAAAAACCUCCACUGAUUGUCUUAAAUGACACCAGCAAGAACUUUCCUGAUGGCCGUUGUGGUAGAAGCUCCAUCUUCAUCUUUUUUCUCCUCCUGCCUCGUCUGUAAAUCUACAUCGCAGCAGAUGUGCUUACUGUAAACUUAUUGUCCAUGAUCUGGAAAAGUAAAAAAAAAAGAUGUCAUACUUGUGCAAAUGAAAGCUCAAUAAAUAGAUGAC